AUGAAAAUCCUCACAUAUCUGUGCUCGCGAGGGGCGAAAGUCGACGCGCCCAACUCCCUUGGCGACACGCCCCUCCACUUUGCAGUGAUUCGGGGUUUCCCGGAAGCUAUUCGACGACUGGUGGAACUGGGCGCACCACGAGAUUGUCGGAAUGCCCUAGGGCAGACACCGCUGCAUGCUGCCCUGGCGGGAGAUCCCGCGAUAAUACGAUUGCUGGUGGCGUUGGGAGUGGACAUCAACGCAGCCGAUUUUGACGGGAUGACGCCGCUCCACGAGGCGAUGUUUGAGGAUUCGGAGGCUGCAGCGCUAGAACUGAUACGACUGGGGGCGGACGUGCAUAUUUGCAACGUAGAUGGGGUGAGUCCAUGGGAUAUUGCGGUCUACGAGGAUUUGGAGAUGAUAAUAGCGAUGUGCAAAAGCAUGGAGUGA